AUGGCCUCUUCGUGGUGCUGGAACUGCCUCUCGAGGCUUCGCCAACCGCCGCAAGCACUCCUCCCUCCGACGCCCCGGAUUUCGACCGCCUCCUUCCACUCUACUGCGUUGCGAUAUGCCCAGCCGGCCAAGAAGAAGGGCAACAGUUUGACUGUCAUGAAGCACAGACAGUCGACUAGCUUGCGGAGAAAGAAGAAGAAGGUCACUGCUACUGCGCGUCCACCCGCCGUUGGCGAGCGCAAGGCCAUGCGGAAACGCAUUGUCCUUAGCAAUCCAAAUGCCCUCGAGAUUGAGGAAAUGCAGGACCUUUCCCCCGAGACUAUGGUUGAUUCCCGUCUCCGUGGUACCGUUGUUGGCCUGCCUGCCACCAUGAUCGAUCAAUUGAGAGCUGUGCAAGCGUUCAAGCCUAAGCAGGGCUGGUCGUUAUUCCGCCGACCUGGAACCGUCCUCCGUCGCGAUACCAUUGAGAUGGGUCGUUUGGUUGAGAAGAUCUCUGGAGAGGAAAAGGGCAAGGUGGUGAAGAAAAUCAUCACCGGUAUGAAGGGAUCCGGAAAGACGGUCCAUCUGCUCCAGGCUAUGACUAUGGGUUUCUUGAAAAACUGGGCUGUCAUCACCGUUCCUGACGCUCGCGAACUCGUUUCCGGUGAUACCGCUUACGCCGCAAUCGAAGGCACUAACCCGACACAAUAUGUCCAGCCUGGUGCGGCUUCGGCUCUGUUGACCCGUACCGUCGCUGCCAACACUGAGCUGCUCUCCAGCCUCAAGAUUUCCCAAGAUCACCCAGCGUUCAAAUCCUUGACGCCAAAGUCGUCCCUCGAGGACCUGGCUAAACUUGGAUUCCACGACCCUGCUGUCUCCUGGGCUGCUUUCCAGGCUCUCUGGAAGGAGCUUACAGCCACUGCCCCGGCCGCAGGACUGGAGAAGGACUUCCAGCCUCGUCCUCCUAUGCUCGUUUCCGUGGACGGCCUGGCCCACUGGAUGACCGACAGCGCUUACCGCGAUGUUGACUACAAGCCCAUCCACGCUCAUGACCUCGCCUUCGUGAACCACUUUCUCUCCCUGUUGAAGGAGGGUGAUUCUCUGAAGAACGGCGGUCUCCUCCUCUACGCCACCUCAUCCUCCAACAACCCCAACCCCAAGGAUUUCAACGUCGCCCUCGACCAGCUGAAGGCCCGUCAGGCAGGCAUCAAGCCCUCAUCUCCCGAGUACCCCCAACCCGCAGCCUACACUGUCACCGACCCCCGUGUCUUGGAAAUGUUCUCCAAGGUCCAGAGCUCGGUCGAGCUGCAGACCCUCACCGGCCUGACCCGCGACGAAGCCCGUGGCUUCAUGGAGUACUUCGCCCGCAGCGGUCUGCUCCGUGAGUCCGUCAACGACACAUGGGUAAGCGAGAAGUGGAGCUUGUCUGGCGGUGGUAUCAUCGGCGAGCUGGAGAAGCUCGGCCGUCAGGUUCGCGCAACAGCUCCUGUUUCUGCUUCUCCCGCUGCAUCUGCUUAA